AAUCCCAUCCCAUCCAGUCUUGAACGAGACAUUCUUCGAUAGAGACGUGCCUUCUCCUCUACUUCCUGAAUUCAAUUGCGCACUCACGUGCUACACUACGGGAGAGGUAGCAGUUCGGACGGUCGUUGAAAGCCCUGCUAGCUGAUGGUGGACGGACACUUGUUGUUUACUGUCGUGUGGCCAUCAGCGCGGUACACGGAAUCCGCGGGAGAACACUGAGCGGGGUGAGCUUGGCUCUAUAACGUGUGCAUUGUUUGCUUCUGGCAGAAAGCUCGUCGCGUGUGUCCCUGUUUUCUAUUGUUUGCCAAACCGUCGCCAUCGGAUACAUCUUUGUCUAACUGACGACCGUCAAAGUGUGCGGUGACAGUUUUGAAAAGUUUGUCAUAUCGACGUCGAUGGUUGCUGUGUUGCUCCCGUUGGGGCGAGUGAGUUAGAAGGCUCAAGGACUUCUAGGCAUGCUUCGAUGAUAAGUGCAACGAUGCGAUUUAUUACGGGUUCGAUGCAGGACCCGCCACGGUGUCCACUACAUCACGCAGUCAGACAAAUGGAAACACGCAAGCCGGAAAUGUGGUUUAUCUGGAAGUGCUGAUGGGGUUUUACAAGCCAGCGGUGGUUUCGAAUUGCGUUGUCCAAGUGGGUCAAUCGGUGGAUCGAAAUGUGAACUGGUGAAGCAUUGGUGGUUGUGUUGUAAUUUUAAUGAAGAAAAACUGUCCUUAAUAAUUGCUUUUUGAUGCAAUCAAGCACGAUUUGAACCCGUACAGAAGAACGACGCAAGUACAGCAGCUGUCCGCUACCUACAUAAAGUUAUCAAACAGUUUGACGAGUCGCAGAAGACCAAGUUGGAAAAGUGACGUCAUUUAUUCAUCAUUAUCACCCAGUCCAACAGCAGACACCGGACGACAAUAGAGAGAGGGAGCUAUUUCGGUGUACACUAUUGCUAGGUACACUUACACACUUCUCGAGCAUCGCUUAUCGUCGCUUGACUUGAUGGGGAUGCAUUAUACAUGAGAGCAGUGGACGAAAUUGAGCCACACAAUGAUCAUAUUCCUCUACCUGAUACUAGUCCUCGCGUGGGCCCUGCUAAUCAUCAUACUGAAAUGCAAAAAAGCUCGCGCGAAACGCCUCGCCGAGCUUCAGGAAGCCGCCCAACCGGUGCACGUGGUUCAGAUUGGGUCCAACCUGUACGACAUCAUGUCGAUUCAGCACCAUCAUCAUCACCGGGCCCCGUACGGCACGGUCUAUGACUGUCUGGGCUCGACGGGUGAGGUGGGCUGCGGUCAAACGCAUCGAUCCGGCACCGGCACCGUCGUCACCCACUCCAAUGCUGCCUUCAUCGGCGACGACGGCAGUGUCUACCCGGGCAGUAAUAUCCCUCCACUGGAACCACCACCAUCGUACGACGAGGUGAUACGGCUACCGGCGCAUUACCCCAAGGUGGAAACGUUCGUCCCGGAGAUGGUAGUUCCUCCACCCUCAGCACCGGCGACACAUACGGAAGGUAACACCAGCAGCAGUGCAGCGGAAAGUGGGGGCAGUGCGGGGGUUGCGCCGGCAUCCGUUCCCGGCAUGGUUGGCCAAAAUGGGACCGGUCGGGUCAAAACUAUCUCAACAGUGACGAACACCUAACUAGUCCUAUGAUCUACGACUGCAAGCUGAGCUUCUGUGUGGUAGAUUAAACUUUGUUUUAUUUCUAGGGAUGAUACAUUCACUUAAUUUUGUUGUAAUGAUAGAAGUUUUUUUUUAUGAGUAAAUAGUUGACUACAGUGCAAUAAAUUAAUUGAUUCAUGAUGUGA